UCAUUUCCAUCAACAAACAUUUCAAAGAGAGAGAAACAAAGAACUUUAAGAUAACAACAACAAUGAUGAUGAUCGUCAACGGAGAAAACUUUCACACUAAUCCAACGGUCCAUAUCCCUCCAUGGGAUGAUCCAACGGACCACAGCCCACACUCCGACCACCCCUUUAUCUUCGACGAACUCGAAAUGUCCCCAUACGACGACGUUUCGGAGUACGAUGAUGUUCAUGUCCCCCUGGACGCCUUCACAUGCGAUCAUUUCCGGAUGUAUGAAUUUAAAAUCCGGAGAUGCGCACGUGCUAGGUCACAUGACUGGACCGAGUGUCCGUACGCACACCCGGGAGAAAAAGCUCGCCGCCGUGACCCCCGGAAGUUUCAUUAUUCCGGCAACCCGUGCCCCGAGUUUCGUAAAGGCACGUGCUGUAAGGGUGACACGUGCGAGUUCGCUCACGGCGUAUUUGAGUGCUGGCUUCACCCUUCUCGCUAUCGUACGCAGCCGUGUAAAGACGGCGUUUUAUGUCGUCGGAGGAUCUGCUUCUUUGCGCAUACUCCUGAACAGCUCCGAGUUCUCGUUAACGGGUUGAAUCAGCCUGACUCGUACGACGGGUCUCCGAGUCGACUCGGGUUUGACUCGGUUAUCGGAAAAAGUGCAUUUGGGUCGUCUCCGACGUCUACUUUAUACACGUCCACGUCAUCACCACCAAUGUCACCGGUAUCUUCCAUCAGUCAAACCUCAGUCAACGAGCUGGCAUCGUCCGUACGUAAUAUGCAAAUUGGUAAUCGAAUGAGUCCGAUGAGUGGGCCCGGGUUUGGUUCGCCUAGGAGUUUGUCCACGCUCCGACCCGGGUACACGAGUUUACCAUCAACACCUACUACCCGAAACCCGACCCGAACCGGUGGGAACAUAUUUGAUUUGUGGGAAAAUAAUAAUAUAACAAGAGAGGAGCCGGUUAUGGAGAGAGUGGAGUCUGGGAAGGAGAUAAGAGCGAAGAUUUAUGCGAAACUGAGUCGGGAGAACUCGUUGGUGGGACGAGUUGACUCGUCUCCGCAUGAUGGGUGGGUUUCUGAACUCGUGAAUUGAGUGGGAUUGUGUGAAUAUGUGGAGUGAAGUUUAGUUGUUGAUAUCGGGGGUUUGGAAGUGUGUACACAGGAGACAAGAAAAACUAAUUUCCAUGUAAUUGAUUUUUUUAAAGAUUUUUGGUUUAUUGAAUUUAUGAAUUAUGAAUAUUGCUUUUUUUUUUUUA